CCGCGCGCCCCGCCUCCUCCCGGGCUCCCGGCGGCGGCGAUCCCGACUCUCCUGCGGCUGCCGCAGCUGCCGGUUGCACACGGCCUGGACGGCGGGCGCGGGCCUGGGGAGCGGCGGCCCAGCGCGCGGCCCCGGCGGGCACCCCUGGGAGGGCGGCCGAGGAAGCUCCGGGAGGCGGCGGCGGCGGCCGCGGGACCGUUCGGCCUCUUCGCCCCCUCGCAGCCUUUCUUUCGCCCUCUCCCCUCACACUGGGACCGCCGCCUGGGCUUUGUGCGCGGAGAUGGUGUAGCCCCCUGGCCGCCCCAGGAAGCCGCCGGCCACUCGUCCCCGGUCUCCCAGCCGCGUCCCCGCCCCUGGAGGACGGAUCCCCCCGGACUCGGCGCCUCCCGCGUCUCCCGGCUGCUGGGGAAGCCUCGGCGCCGCCGGCACCAUGAGUGAACAGAGUAUCUGUCAGGCAAGAGCUGCCGUGAUGGUUUAUGAUGAUGCCAAUAAGAAGUGGGUGCCGGCCGGCGGCUCGACCGGCUUCAGCAGAGUCCACAUAUAUCACCACACGGGCAACAACACGUUCCGAGUGGUGGGCAGGAAGAUCCAGGACCACCAGGUGGUGAUAAAUUGUGCCAUUCCUAAAGGGUUGAAGUACAAUCAAGCUACACAGACCUUCCACCAGUGGCGAGAUGCUAGACAGGUGUACGGUCUCAACUUUGGCAGCAAAGAGGAUGCCAAUGUCUUUGCAAGUGCCAUGAUGCAUGCCUUAGAAGUGUUGAAUUCGCAGGAGACAGUGUUCUAUUUAGGGCCAACAUUGCCUAGACAAAAUUCACAGCUACCUGCCCAAGUUCAAAAUGGCCCAUCACAAGAAGAAUUGGAAAUUCAAAGAAGGCAACUGCAAGAACAGCAGCGGCAGAAGGAGCUGGAGCGGGAAAGGCUGGAGAGAGAAAGGCUGGAGAGGGAGAGGCUGGAGAGGGAGAGGUCGGAGCGGGAGAGGCUGGAGCGGGAGCGCCUGGAACAGGAGCAGCUGGAGAGAGAGCGGCAGGACCGCCUGGAGCGGGAGCGGCUGGAGCGGGAGCGUCUGGAGAGAGAGCGUCUGGAGAGAGAGCGCCAGGAGCAGCUGGAGCGGGAGCAGCUGGAGUGGGAGCGGGAGCGGAGAAUAGCCACCACUGCUGCCCCUGCCUCUGUGGAGACUCCUCUAAACUCUGUGCUGGGAGACUCCUCUGCUUCUGAGCCAGGCUUGCAGGCAGCCUCUCAGCCGGCCGAGACUCCAGCCCCACCGGGCGUGGUCUUGGGACCACCUGCACCUCCGCCCCCUCCUCCACUCCCACCAGGUCCUGCCCAGGCUUCCGGGGCGCUCCCCCCUCCCCCAGGACCACCUCCUCCUCCUCCUCCACUUCCCUCCUCAGCGCCUCCCCCACCCCCUCCUCCACCCCCUCUCCCUAACCAGGUCCCCCCCUUCCCCCCGCCUCCCGCUCCUCCCCUCCCCGCCUCUGGAUUUUUUGCGGGAUCCAUGUUGGAAGACAAUCGCCCCUUGACUGGACUGGCGGCUGCAAUUGCUGGAGCAAAACUUAGGAAAGUGUCACGGAUGGAGGAUGGCUCUUUCCCAAGCGGGGGCAGCGCUGCUGGCGUGAACGCGGCCCCAUCCAAGGCAGACGCGGGCCGUGGAAACGGGCCCCUCCCCCUGGGGGGCAGCGGGCUAAUGGAAGAGAUGAGCGCCCUUCUGGCCCGGAGGAGAAGAAUCGCCGAAAAGGGAUCGACGGCAGAAUCGGAACAGAAGGAGGACAGGAACGAAGAUUCAGAGCCCAUAACGUCUAAGGCCCCUUCAACAAGCACGCCCGAACCGACGAGAAAACCCUGGGAAAGAACAAACACGAUGAACGGCAGCAAGUCACCUGUUAUCUCCAGACGGGAUUCUCCAAGGAAAAGUCAGAUUGUUUUUGACAACAGGCCCUAUGACUCAUUACACAGACCAAAAUCUGCACCCUCAUCGCAGCCCAGUGCCAACGGAGUCCAGACGGAGGGCCUGGACUACGACCGGUUGAAGCAGGACAUUUUAGAUGAAAUGAGAAAAGAAUUAACGAAGCUAAAAGAAGAGCUCAUCGAUGCCAUCAGGCAGGAACUGAGCAAGUCGAAUACCGCGUAGAGAAGCAGACGAAAGAGAGAUGGGACUUUACUCUGGAGAAAGGAAAAAAAAAAAAACACCUACAGACAACAGCUGUCAGCGACACCACACCCCUGCGUUUUGUUGAGCUGUAAGAAGAUGGAGACCGUCGGAAGGAGGGAAACACCAACACGCUUUGAAAACCUUCAGACGUCAUCACUCUGGCGAUAAGCUAUUUCCCUCCCCGUCUGCUGCUGUUUUCCGACCUUUUCAACAGGAUGGAAGAGUCGUCCAUGUAAGAGUUCCUGGAACAGUUAUACAGAAAAUGCUAAUCAGCCCGUCAGGCAAGAUCGCUGUGCGUUGAAAUAUUUUCAUGUCAAGAUAAACGCUCUCAUUUUCCACAAUCCAUUGCUAAAAUAAAGAGGAGAAAGGCUUAAGAAGUUUUUUCCAGAGCGUGCUGAUGAAGAGUCCAGCGAGUUACGCUGUUGUAUUGUACAUGUUUCUCUCAGGUCUGUCUUCCUAUCAUGUUAUUCCAUGACUGUUGGUAUGAGCCCUGCGUAGGUGAAGAUCGUCAGACUCGGAGCAGAGGGGAUUGUUACGUGCUUUCCAAGGGUGAUAUUUAUGAGAAAGUGUCCUAAGAAAGAUUCGUCCGGCUUGAGGAAUUUUAGAAUGAUAGGAAGUCUUCUCGAGGUAGCCUUCAUGCAAUUUUUGUAGAGUACAACAUAAAAUUCGUCCAGAAUUUAAAGAUUUAGAUGCCUUCCUAAAUUGUUACAACGCUUUACCAAAUCUAUGACUCCUUACAUAACACAAACCAGUGGUCAAAUGUAAAACAAUAUAUUGUAGAUUUACUGUAGGUUUUCAACCUUUUUUAGAUUUAUGCAUGUGGACAUUUUUAUAAUGUAAUUACUACCACCACAAAACUAGCUUUUUUAAUUGCAGGCGGUAAUGCAUGUCACAGUAACACGUAGUGGCCUUUUCCAGGCCUCGUCCCCGGGAAGACGUUUUGUAGCAUACUCUGGGGAGUGGGAGGAAGGGACGGAAUAAUUUUUUAUUUAAAGCUAAUUUCUGCACUACCUUUUUUUCUCGAUUACCUGCAUGAAAAAUGACGAGGACUAUUUUGUGACUUUAAUUGGUUAAACAUGUUAACAGAACCACGUACUUAAUCUUUGACAUCAUGUCUUCAGCUCUUUGUAUUUGAACUUCUGUCAUUUCAAUGGUCUGAAACAUGAUUCGGCGCUUCCCCUGAAGCGUGUCUUCCUGUGGGACUCACACGCCCGGCCCCUGAAUCUGGCCGUGACGAUGGCCUACGUGCCCUGCAGGUGUGCAGGUGGUCGGGCUCAGGCGCCUGGCUGCCGGGCCGCUUUCGAAUCUCAUUAUGUUGAGUUACAACAACAAACAGUGAGGGCAGUGGUCAAGGUCACAGAGGUCGUCAGGUAAGGGGAAACCCGUGAAGAGCUCUGCAUCGUUUCCUUUUAAUAAAGUGAGACUUGGGUGGUGGGAACAAGGAAGUGGAUACUCUGCUUACUGCUGUGUGUGCGCACACCAGUGCAUGCACACGCGUGUGCACGCCAUCCACUCCCUUCUCUUUGAAAUUCGUACGAUUAAAAUAGGGGAGAAAUCCUGUCUAUUGCAAUGAUAGUUUGAUUUUUUUUUUUUUUUGAAAAAUUUAGGAAAUCAAAAAAUCCCCAGGCUCUCCAUCUUGAUUCAUGCUUGAGUUGCUAUGUGCCAUAUUUGCUUUGAAAUCUUUGAUUAUCGGAAGUUUUACUAAAAUUUUGAAGAAACCACCCAUUUUCGUUUGCCCUCCGUUCAUGAGCCAGAGCGCGGGGAUGGCGUAGUUUCCUCAGUGCCGCCGAGGUGCAGCACAGCCCCUGCAGAGAGGUUCGAGCGAGGGAAGUCCUUGUUACCAAACCGUCCCGGCUUCUGGAGAAGGAAGCUUCGUCCCCAGAGUCAUCUGGGACGGAUGAGCUCUCGGUCAGGUCUCCAGCUCUUCUUCCCGUCGGCUCCUCGCCGUCCACAGUAGCAGUCAAGGCUUUGUAAAGAUGCAACAUGCUUCUGAAGUGCUGUUUUCUGAAAGAGAUAGGAGGCAUUUCCAGUCUUUAUUGUUGCCCUUUUGGUUAUGUAAACACUCACGCUACCCACGUGUGUGUCCCCCGUCAGUCUGGUCAGAAGUAACCUUUGGUUUUGUCGGUUAAGUUCAAUAGUCUACAGUAGGAUAGAGGACUCUGGGUGCCGGUGGUCCAAAGUCAGACGAAAGACUACAAUAAAACGCUAGAUCCUACAGAGAAACUGGUUUAUGCACUAAACGUCUUGUGCCUUGGUCUCAUCUUAACACGGUGUCUGUGUGAAACGACGAGGAAGAACCAGUGCUGCGUCGUGUGCAUUUUCCAUCGUCUCGCAUCCCCCCCGCCCCCCAUGGCUCGGUGUGCUCCCUCCCGACGUGUGAUGGACUCCCUGCGCGUGCACCCCCGCCCCGCGUGGCGGCGGCCGUCACUGUUGGAGAUUCCGGUGAUGGCACCCGAGACGCGGAAGCCGGAGCGACUGUCCUCACCCGGACUGUGCGGGCGCCGCGCGGCGACGGUGGCCUCGCGCGCUCCUCCAUGGGACGUCUGGCGCGGUUUCGGGGACCCUCCCUGACCGCAGGAGGGUACCUCUGUCCUCAACACUGUGACCCGACCCGUGACAGACCUGUGCUGUUCACCCUGUCAAUGGCUCACACGUCAGCUGCAAACCCACUGAAUGUACAAACCUUAGUGCUGGUGCUGAAAUCUCUGCAGAAGAGUCGUCCCGAUUUCCGAGUGUGUUCCGAAAAAUUCGCGAGCAUCAAGUGUCAAUCAAAACCGAGGAUGAAACACUAAUGAAUGUCGACUUCUCACGCGUUAGGUGUCCUUGUUAGAGUUUUCGGUUCUCGGCUGUUUCCGCCGUCCUGUUGCGUUGACAUUUCCUACACGCUGACUCCGUUUGUGCGAUUGAAAUAAAAUUGCAGUAUCUA